AUGGUAAACCCACCUCAGCCUAGGCAACAGCCUCCCACAUCUCCACGCGUAUCGCAGUCUCAAGCAUCAAUCAAGCACCAAUCACCAAACAUCUCCCACAGCCAAUUGCAUGGUCAUUCACACCCACAUACACAUCCACUGAUUCAUCACACAUCUACUACAUCCUCUACCUCCUCAACCCAAUCACUGUCAUCCGCUAAUCACCACUCGCAUGGACACAGCCACAGUAUUGGCAGUGGCAGUGGCAGUGGUAUUGGUAAUGGUGCUCAUCAACAACAGCAGCAGCAGCAACAUGGUUCAAAUCGUCCUUCGCGUAAACCGUCAAUUGUUGAACUAUUAAGCUCUCCACCGCCAUUACCUUCUCCCGACCACGAUGACCCAAUCCAUCAUUUGAGUCUAUCAAGAAACCCAUCUAUUAGCUCGAGAACUUCUACUGGAUCAUACAAUCCAUUCAAUAGCACUCAUCAAUCCUCAAUUAGUGGUGCUGGAACUGGAACUGGAACUGUAACUGGAUCCAAUUCAAUCUAUGGCUCAAAUACCGGUAUUGACUGGAGUGAUUUGCUAUUAACUGAAGUCAAUGAACCUAGUAAAUUGAUUCACAUCCACAAAUCGCACUCGGUUCAAGCUGCAUUUGAGACCUUGAUGAAGAAUGGAUUAACAAGCGUCCCAGUCUCAGUUUCCAAAGAUGACCCAAAUGACUUGAGAAACUGUUUGACCUUUGAUUAUAGCGAUUUAAACACUUAUUUGUUGUUGAUCAUGAACAAGAUUGACUACAACGAGUUAAACGUUGAUGAAAUUGGUGAUGAGAAAACCAGUUUAAAAGAAAAACACGACAUUGUAGUUGAAGCCAUAAACAAGGCCAAAAAGGGUGAAGAAGUACCCGUUGAGUUUAUUAUCAAGUUGCAUCCUAAAAACCCCUUUAUUAAAUUCAGCGAGGCAGAUACAUUGUUCUCGGUGAUGGAAACAUUGGGUAAUGGUGUCCAUAGGGUUGCCAUUACUGAUGAAGAAGGCUUAAAGAUUACAGGUAUUCUUUCGCAAAGAAGAUUGCUCAAGUAUAUGUGGGAGAACGCCAGAAGAUUCCCACUGUUGGAAUUUUAUCUCCAGUCUACUUUGCAAGACUUGAAAAUUGGCUCUAAUAACCCAAUAACUAUCUAUGAUGACCAACCGGUAUUAGAUGCCUUGCACAAGAUGUUCAAUGAAAAUGUUUCUUCGCUUGCAGUUAUUGACAGAUCGAAGAAUCUUAUUGGAAAUAUUUCCAUUGUGGAUGUGCGGAACUUGACCAGUUCCAAAAACUCGCACUUGUUGUACAAAUCAGUGUUGAACUUUAUCAGCUACAACUUGUCGCAAAAGGGUAUUGAAGAAGGUCAGGACCAGUUUCCUAUUUUCCAUGUAAAUAACCAAAGUUCAUUAGGAAGAGUGAUUGCCAAGCUAGUUGCUACUCAAUCUCAUAGAUUAUGGGUUGUAGACUCGUCAAGAAAAGCUAGCUCUGUUUCAUCGCAAAGUGCAAGUGCGCCAAAUAGUGGUAUAAACAGUGGAAGUGUUGUUUUUGGAACCCCGCAACCAGUGGAUGCACCAAUUACAAAUAAGGCUACAAGUGUUGAAGCCGCAUUGAUGAGCAAUCCACCAAUAUCACAUCAUGGUAGCACCAGUGGUGUUAGUGGUGCCAGUGGAACCAGUGGAACCAGUGGUGCUAGUUUAGCUGCUAGUGCCGUACAACAAGAGGCAGGAUAUACUGGUGGUACGGGUAAACUCAUUGGUGUUGUAACAUUGACUGAUAUCUUGGGAGUGUUUGCCAAUUCAAAAGGUAGAAGAACAGAUCCGCAAUCGGCUAGGAAUCAGAGAAGGAGAAGCUCAACAUCAACUACAAGAUCCUCUAUUGAUAGUUCCUUGAGUAUCGACAACACCGUGGCUGGUGCAACUGGCAGUGGCAGUGGCAGUGGCAGUGGCAACAAUAACAAUAACAAUACCAAUAUCAGUGGUAACAGUAGUAACAGUCACAGUGGAAGUAGUGCCAACCUAACUGGUCCAAGAGUAAGCAAUACUGAUGCUAGUAGUGAGAUUUUCAGAAAACAGUUUGUGAAAUCGCAAGAGAAUGCAUUUGCAAAGGAAUAA